AUGCCUGACCCAUCGAGUUCAAGCAUAGAAGAACUGGCCCCUACAGACCAAAUGGAAGAUCUUUUCGCAGAAUAUGGUAUUAAUAGUGACGUGGAGAAAAAGAAGAAAUUAGGAAAAUAUACGGAUCAACAAACUGAAUUCGAAUGGAAAGCAUUUAAAACAUUCGAAGACGGCUCCUUUGACGAGUUUAAAAAGGCUCUAAUAGCAGAUUACCCUGAUGCGGGAAAUGCAGGAAAAGGGACCUUAACUGGACUAAGAGCUGGCACAACAAAAAUUACUCAUGGCGCCGCCAGUACUGGCUGUCUGACAGAUUCCUUUGCUGAUCAAGUUAAGGCCAGUUUGAAUAUUGAACAAACUAGAGACCGAAAACAGAAAGGCAACGAGGAUGAGACCACUGCUAGAAGAACUGAAGAUCCAUACGAUAUCAUAGACAUCAUAGACAUGGCAGAAACCAUCGCUGGACGUCUUACUGGAGACUCCCGAGACCACCCAAGCAACGCGAGAGCUGUAUCGACUGGUAGAUCAGUUCAAGCGCGCAAACGGGAAAUUAAAAUGGAGCACGAUGAAUUCAAAGAAUUGCGAAGUAUUACUGCGACGUUCCUUGAUCAAAUUAAAGUAGAUCAAAAACAGAAUUCAGAACUUCGUAAUAUGGUACAAAACACGCAGAUCGAAAUGAAGAAACUCUUAGAGACUUUAGUUCACCAACAGCUGAAUAUCAGUAACCCACAAAUACCUAGAGGGAAUGGCGAAAAAUCCGUUCGACAAAUUGUCGAGGAGGCUAGUAGGCAAAAUUUGACUCUACAAAAUAAUAUGUUUGCAGAGCCUGGAGAAGUCUUUAGUCAAGAAGCUGUUGUCCCAGGUAUAAUCAGGCUACCGGAUAAUAAUAAUGGAAAUGAAAUUUCCGUUUUUACAAACCAGAUGCGAGAUACAAGAGACGAUGUGAUUCUCAACAUGAACAACCAAGUGUUAAAACUUACCGACAUGCUUGCGAACCUUGUUACAAACCCCAAUAAAACGAGGGACGUAGAUGCGUCGCAGUUUGCCGUCACCCGUAGAUCUCAAACCGAGACUCAGGGACAGUCGGGAAACUAA